AUGGCCGAAGAUGGCGGCAAAAUGGGAAUCUUCGGCACCAAACAAAUACCAACGGAGUUGAGGAAUCCAGAGGCACUGCAUCAGUACGCCUGUCCAUUGGCGGCCAAUACCGAAGCUGCCAUCAAGAGUGAAUCGGAACACAGCCGUGCCGUUGGCUUAGAAUUCGCGCAUCUUGGGGUCGGGAGCCAUGGCAAGACGGGACGAGACGACGCAUCCUUCCACGCCAUGGCGCCCCUUUUUUCUGGCGAGCGCGGGGUGGUGCUGGUGACCUGUCUGGGCGCCUACUUUCUGUCCAUGGCCAUGAUCUACCAGAUGAGUCCCUUCUUCCAGCUCUAUGCGCGGGAAACCUGUGGUGCCAGCACCAGCACGGUGGGGGUCAUCUUCGGCGUGAUGCCUACGGCCUGUUUUAUAGGUAACCUUGCAAUGGGCUCCAUGAUCAGCAGGUUUGGAGUGGAGGUGAUGCUGAACAGCGGCCUGGUACUCCUGGCCGUGAGUUCCCUGGGCUUUGGCCUCUCCGACUCCGUGGCAGGCUGGAUGUUUUGGAGAUCGCUCCAGGGUCUGGCCACUGCGCCCAUCUACACCUCCAUCAGUACCCGCCUUGCGCGCACCUUCACGGGCAGUGGCGAGUUCAACCGCGUGGUAGGGCUGCAGGAAGUCUUCGGAAACGUUGGCGUCACCAUUGGCCCCUUUUUGGGUGGUGUGCUCUUCCAAUAUGGAGGUUUUUUCCUACCUUUUGCUUUGAGUGCAGUGUUGCAUCUGCUGUUUGUUGGAAUUUCCUUCUGUGGCAAAUCACCUAGCGGCUCCAGCAGCGAACCCUUGGUGGAAGGAAGCGAUGGAGCCGAGGAUCUGGAAGAAGAUCCAACGGUGACGGUCUGCUCAGUGAGCAGCGUGCGGCUGGUGCUGCUGAGUGGCAUCAGCAUGUUAUGUCUGGGCGUCUGGGGUGGCUUCGAACCUCUACUGGGUGAUCACUUCAUUCAGGUUUUAGGCCCCCUCAACCAGUCGGUGAUUGGCUUCCUGAUGUCUCUGUCGGCGCUCCCCAGCACCUUUGGAGCCAUGGCGGUGCCGACGCUGGCGGAGUACGUGGGAAGUAAGUGGCUCAUGACGUCAGGUCUGCUGAUCUACGGCUUGGGAUGUUUCCUGAUGGGCAGCUGGCAGCUGGUGAGUCCAUGGACGUCUCAGCUGGCGGGGCUUCUGUUGAUCGGUAGUGGUUGGGGUCUUUGUUGGACUCCUGUCUUGCCCAGCAUGGUGGAUACGGCGGCCUCCAGGCUGAGAGACGUCAGCGUUGAGGUUGCCAGACAUAAGGUGUCUCCACCUGUGUCCUCCCUGUUCAACGCCGCCGCAGCCCUGGGUGAAGCCUUGGGCCCGACGCUCGGUACCUGGGUUUUGGCGCAGGGCUUCCGUCGCGGCACGCAGCUGCUGACGCUGCUGCUGGCCUGCUACGCCCUGGCCACGCACUGCAGCGACGGCCGUGCAAGAGUCGACCUCGCGGCUGCGGAGCAGCCGCAACUUCGUCGGGAGAUGACGGUGCAUACGCAGACGCUCGAGACCCUGAACUGGAAGAAGCACGUGCAGGAUCCAGUCUUUGAGAAAUUGCUCCUGAGUCGCCUGAAAGCAGACGAUUUAUCGCGAUGUGCCGCUUUGAUCUGCCUGGACUUGAAGACUCCAUGCACCAUGAUGGAGGAUCUCCGCACCUGGCUGGACGUCUUGAAGAGGGUCAGCGCUGAGCUGAUGCAGCAGCUCCCUCUGGAAGAGCAGGAUCGUCUCCACGAGGAGGUCUCUGAGCGAGUGGCCAACUACGAGGAACCUAAAGCUGAGACGAGCCCCGAGGUGUGCUGGGGGUGA